AUGACUAUUAAUGGCACAGACUUCACCGGUGAAGGAACCGGUGGUGACUCGCUUACAACAAACUUGAAUGAACAGUUUGUGGCUGCAGACAUGGUCUGGGUCGGUAUUUCCAGUGCGUUGGUGUGGAUUAUGAUUCCAGGUAUCGGUUUGCUAUACUCGGGUCUCAGUAGAAAGAAGCAUGCUCUUUCACUUUUGUGGGCCUCUAUCAUGGCCGCCUGUCUUACUGCAUUCCAAUGGUUCUUUUGGGGUUACUCGCUCGUUUUCACUCACACCUCUACCUCGCCAUUUUUUGGUAACUUGAAGAAUUUCUGUUUGAUGGAUGUUCUUGGUGCCCCCGGUGUUGUUACUACUGUUCCAGACAUCUUGUUCUGCUUGUUCCAGGGUAUGUUCGCUGCCGUUACUGCCAUCUUGAUGGUUGGUGCCGGAUGUGAGAGAGCCAGAUUGGGACCAAUGAUGAUCUUCCUUUUCAUCUGGUUGACUGUUGUUUAUGGCCCAAUUGCUUACUGGACCUGGGGUGCCAACGGUUGGUUGUUCACUAUGGGUGGUUUGGACUUUGCUGGUGGAGGACCAGUUCACGAGAAUUCUGGUUUCGCCGCUUUGGCAUACUCCUUGGUUUUGGGUAAGAGACAUGACCCAUUGAUUACUGGCAAGGUUCCAAAAUAUAAACCUCACUCCGUCACUUCCAUUGUUUUCGGUACCAUCUUCUUGUGGUUCGGAUGGUUUGGUUUCAACGGUGGUUCUACUGGUAACGCUUCCAUCAGAUCCUGGUACGCUUGUGUUAACACCAACUUGGCUGCUGCUGCUGGUGGUUUGACCUGGAUGUUCGUUGACUGGUUUAGAACUGGCGGAAAGUGGUCUACUGUUGGCUUGUGUACUGGUGCAAUUGCCGGUUUAGUUGGUAUUACCCCUGCUGCUGGUUACGUUCCAGUCUACACUUCUCUUAUUUUCGGUAUUGUCCCAGCCAUUCUCUGUAACUUUGCCGUUGACUUGAAGAACAUUCUUCAAAUUGAUGAUGGUAUGGAUGUCUUUGCUCUUCAUGGUGUUGGUGGUUUUGCUGGCUCUUUCUUGACUGGUAUUUUUGCUGCCGACUACGUUGCCGCUACCGAUGGUGCCACUGUCAUUGCUGGAGGCUGGAUGAACCGCCACUGGGUUCAAUUGGGAUACCAAUUGGCUGGUUCCGUCUCUAUUGGUGCCUGGUCUUUCACUGUCACCGCCAUCAUCUUGUUGAUUAUGGACAGAAUUCCAUUUUUGAGAUUGAGAUUGCAUGAGGAUGAAGAGUUGUUGGGUGUUGAUCUUGCUGAGAUUGGUGAGUACGCCUACUACGAGGAUGACGAGGAUGGAUUGGGACCAAAGUCCUCUCCAUAUGUUUUGGAGCCAAUCAGAUCUAACGACCCUAAAGUCAUGAGAUUGAGAGAGGCCGCCAAGGAGAAGAAGGAGGCAGAAGAACAAAAGCCUGUUGAACAGGCCUCGCACAGCGAGAGCGACAAGUAA